UUUUAACUGAGGAUUUGAGUCAACAGUCACGCACAAGGAAGACAAGUUAUAACAAAGAAUAAGAAUGGAACAUGCCUAAUCAACACAACCUUGUGAACAACACAAUGCUUUUUAUACUCAUUUGCCUUCAAGGUUUGCACUCGGUGACCGUCGGCCAGACAUGGACUUUCCCCCAAAGAAUAGAGGCUUUAAUUGGCUCCUGCGUGGUGAUUCCCUGCUCAUUCACACGUGCUGAGAGUUCUAUGUCAGAUCACGUUGUCUGGUAUCUUUAUAAGAGAACAUCUUAUCCAGAGGUUUUUAACAGCAGAUGGACCUCCAGAACUAUAAGAGAAUACAGAGGACGCACAUCACUAGUGAGCACAGAAACAAUGAGCUGCUCUCUGAGGAUAAAUUAUGUGAGAUCGGAAGAUGAAGCUGAUUAUUAUCCAGGAAUAGAUACAACAUCAAAUGCAUAUGAUUCAGAUGGAAAAGCUGUCAGAAUUGGAUUGAGAGAGAAACCUCAUGAUCCAGUUAUUCAGUGGAGUGGAGACAUGAUUGAUGGACAACCGAUCACCAUUACCUGCCAAGUGGAACAUACCUGUUGGUCCAACCCUCCUACUAUCGGAUGGAACAAACGUGGUCAGCAUGGCAACACAUAUCAAAGUAACUUCACCGCUGGAGGAUGGAAAUCUGUAUCAGAGCUAAUCUAUACUCCUUCAUCUAAUGACCAUAAUACUCUGAUAAUGUGCUCAGCUGUUCAUCACAAUGUAAUAAUAAGUCUGAGUUCUACCAGGCUAAACAUCAAAUAUUCUCCAAAGAAUGUAACAGUUCUAAUUACUGAAAAACAAGAAAUCAUGGAGGAAGAUAAUAUGACGUUAUUAUGCGACAGCAAAUCGAAUCCUGUUGCUACAUCCUACAAAUGGUACAAGGGAACCGAAAAGAUCACUACGUCAUAUGAAACAAAGCAGAUCUUAGUUACAAACGUGAGCUUUGAAAAUAAAGUGUUUUCAUGUCUUGCAAAGAAUGAGAUUGGGACCGGAGAAUCGGAUCCAACAGAGAUACCGGUGCAAUAUGUGGCAAAAAAUGUUACAGUCACUGUUGAUAAUAAAGAUGGAAUGAUUACAAUGAAAUGUGAUUUCUUGAGUAGCAGGCCAAACGUAACACAUUUCACAUGGUAUAAGAAUGACAUGCGGCUAAAUGAAACAGAACAAGUGUUGACAAUGCCUAAUAAUGCAUUAAACUCUGGGGAAUAUCACUGCAUUGCCCAUAACACGAUUGGAGGAUCCUUACCUUCUACAAAGAGAAACAUCAUUUCUAGUGCUGAAGAGCAGAAUACUUUACCUCUAAUCCUGGGAUCCUUGGCUGGAGUUAUUGUGUUAUUGCUGCUGAUAUUGGUUCUACAUAUUUAUAUCAGAGAAAGACGCAUCAAGCAAGAGUCUGCGAUUCAUGGGACCCUACCCAAGUUGCCAGUCAGAAACCCUAUUAGAGAAAACGGAGCACCAGACGAUCAUUUAUAUGUUGAUGUAAGGAACGACUCUGACACCACAAAGCUGCAUUCUGCUAAUAAAGACAAAACUCAUCUCACAGGAGAGAACAGUCACGAGAUUUACACCAAUUACGAGAUUGGAAAAGACUGGGAUCAAGAUGAGGUUGAAUAUUCGGUGAUUCAACAUGCCAAGUCCGGAAGUCAGAAAAACACUAUGUUGUAUAUAAGCCACACAGAAAGUUUGGAAUAUGCAACUGUGAAAAAAUGAUGUUAAACAGUGUGACUUUACUGUGUGAACACUUACUGGUUAUACAUUUCAAAUGCAAUGAAAGCUUAUUCGUCACUGCAAGAAUUCAAAGGGAAUUCAACAUGAAUUUCAAAUUUAAGGCCAGAGUUGCCAAAUUGAAAUCAUAGCUGUAUUAAAGAUGUUUUCCAGUUUGGCUAUUUUGACCUUAAAUUUUAAAUUCACUCUAAAUUCCCAUUUUAGUAAAUAACCCUGAUAAUGUAUCCAUGAAUACCUCCGGGGUGACAUAACAAUGGUGCAUGGUAAAUGCUCUGGAUUUGAUAUAGUUUAUUUGCUGAUCAAAAUAAAUGACCAACAACGUUGCUCUGAGAAGGCUGAUUGAAGUCUAGACUGUUGGAAGAAUAACUUUAAAGAAGAUAUACUGUAGGAGAAAUCCUCUAGCAAUGGUGGUGGAAGAAGAACUUUAAAGAAGAUAUUCUGCAGGAGAAAUCCUCUAGCAAUGGUGGUUGAAGAAGAACUUUAAAGAAGAUUUGCUGCAGGAGAAAUCCUCUAGCAAUAGUGGUUGAAGAAGAACUUUAAAGAAGAUUUUCUGCAAGAGAAAUCCUCUAGCAACGAUGAUAGAAGAAGAACUUUAAAGAAGAUUUUGUGCAGGAGAAAUCCUCUAGCAAUGGUGGUUGAAGAACAACUUUACAUAAGAUAUUUUGCAGGAGAAAUCCUCUGGGAAAGGUGGUUUUGCAUUUAGCGAGAGACUGGAAGACCUGAUGAGAAAUUUUAUCUACUUCCUUUGAUGAAGUAUAGGAAUGUAGAAAUGUGACAACCUCAAAAUAUUUCCCUUCUUCUCUGCUGUGAUGGGGCCUACUCUCGUUAUCUC